GUUUUGAGUUUUGAGUUUUUUCGAACGGCUUGGAAACGGCUCUCUGUUCCUUCACCUUCUUAGCAAGCAUCUAUCCACCAAUGUCUCAAGCCGAAAUUUUAGCGUCUUAUCCUCAGAAGACCGCUCCUACCUUGCAGACCGGCUACACCGGCAACAUCACCCCUGAGCAGGAGGCUGCGGUGGUGGAGCUCAGAACGCAAUUGACCGAAGCCGACUAUACCGAACGGAUGGACGAUGCCACGUUGUUGAGAUUCUUGAGAGCGCGCAAGUUCGACAUUGUGCGCGCUAGAGAGAUGUGGGAAGCGUGUGAGAAAUGGAGAGCCGAGUUUGGCACCAACACCAUUUUGGAAGACUUUCACUACGAAGAAAAGCCAAUCAUCGCCAAAUUAUACCCACAGUACUACCACAAGACCGACAUUGAAGGCAGACCAGUCUAUAUCGAGGAGCUUGGGUCCGUCAACAUCACUGAGAUGUACAAGAUCACCACCCAGGAGAGAAUGUUGAAGAACUUGGUGUGGGAGUACGAAUCUUUCGUCAAGUACCGGUUGCCGGCCUGCUCCAGAGAGGCCGGGUACUUGGUUGAAACCUCGUGCACCAUCUUGGACUUGAAGGGGAUCUCUAUCUCUGCUGCGUCCCAGGUCUACGGCUACGUGAAAGAGGCCUCCGCUAUCGGCCAGCUGUACUACCCAGAGAGAAUGGGUAAGUUCUACCUCAUCAACGCGCCGUUUGGUUUCUCUACCGCGUUCAAGUUGUUCAAGCCAUUCUUGGACCCGGUCUCUGUCGCUAAAAUCUUCAUCUUGGGCUCUUCCUACAAGAAGGACUUAUUGAAGCAGAUCCCAGAAGCCAACUUGCCUGUUAAAUUCGGUGGUACCUCUACCUCCGAUGAGGCCGCCGGUGGUUUGUACUUGGCCGACUCCGGCCCAUGGAGAGACCCUAAAUUCAUCGGUCCGGAGGGCGAGGCUCCACGCUCUUUCGACAUCACUAAGUAAUUGUUACAUUUUAAAUUCGAUCCCGUCAGUGCUGUGUCUCCGUUGCUAUACAUUGUUCAGUCCAUUCUUUCCUAAUAAAUAUAAAUGCGAUAGAGGGUUAAAUUGGCUGCGAUUUGUAUCGAAGCUGAUCUGUGAUGGAGGUUGUAAGUUUAAAUUGAGUGAGAUAAGGAUAAUCCAAGCCAGGCAUUGAAAAGAAAGAGGUAUUGGUCAAUCCGUUGCUGUGGUCGUGUUGGCCUGGUUUAGAAACUGAUGUCGAUUAAAGUGCUCCUCUCCCGUUACGUAGCCGUGUGGGUGUAAUAAUCCCCGGAGUGGGUUGAGACAUCGGAGCUCUAAGUCAGUACAGUAUCCGGGCAGUAGAGACACUUGAGAGUAGCACUAAUCAUAGUAAACCAUAAGCUGAAAUGCAGUUAUAUCUGCGAUUAUCUUCAACGGAUCGUCUCAUCACGUUACCAAAAAUGCCUCAGGUUUUAUUAAUGCACCAUUGACAUAUCAUA